CUCGUAUUCAUGUACAACAAAUAGAAGAGAAUAGUGAAGACAACUGAGCGGUGCGUAUGAAAAGAACCACGGAAGACAACAACAGAAUGGCUGCCAGUGAAUCACCAUCUGAAAUGGAUUGCACCUGUCCCGUGUGCUGUGACAUAUUUAGGGAUCCUGUACUCCUGUUGUGUGGUCACAGCUUUUGCAAGUUUUGUCUUCAGGAGUGGUGGGGAAAGAAUAGAAUCCAGACAUGCCCUGUCUGUAAGGAAAUAUUUCCAAUGGCUCAGCCUCCACGUAAUCUGGCACUGAAAAAUCUUUCUGAUACCUUGAGACAAGAGAGGAGUCAGAGAGGUUCAUCAGGAUCUAAAGAGGUCUGCAAAAUGCACGGUGAGAAACUCAAACUCUUCUGUCAGGAUGAUCAAGAAAUCAUCUGUGUGAUUUGUAGGGAUGCAAAAAAACACAAGAAACAUAACUGUGUCCCCAUCAAUGAAGCAGUAGAAGACCACAGGACCAAACUGAAGGUUGAGCUGAUGCAUUUAAAAACCAAACGGGGGUCAUUUGAAGCAGAAAAAGUCAAGUGUGAUAAAAUGGCCAGCCACAUCACGCUCCAGGCCCAGCAGACUGAGAAGGGGAUAAAAAAGGAGUUUCAAAAGCUGUACCAGUUUCUGAGGGCAGAAGAGACUGCAAGGAUUGAUGCUGUGAGGAAAGAGGCGACGCUCAAGAGUGAAGCAAUGAAGAUCAGGAUUGUGAAUCUGACUGCAGAGAUCUCCUCACUCUCAGACAAAAUCAAACCCAUGGAGGGAGAAAUAAAAGCUGAAGAUAUCUCAUUCAUGCUGAAUGUCAAAUCCUCUACGGAGUGGUGCCAAAGUAAGCUGCCAGAGCCAGAGAGUCCAUCAGAAGCCCAAAUCGAUGAAGCCAAACACCUGGGGAACCUGCUGUUCACAGUCUGGGGGAAGAUGAGGAAUAUAAUACAGUACACUCCUGUAACUCUGGACUCAAAUACAGGACAAGGCAAACCUUUUAACCAAUCAAAGAAUUUUACUCAUUCGACAUCCAGAAUGAAGGCCCAGAAGCUCCCUUACAACCCUGUUCUUGGAUAUAAACGCUUUAGCUCUGGCAAACAAUGCUGCAAUGAGGAGGCUGAGAAUGCCUGGAAACCUGGCAUGGAGAGACAGCCCUCCCCAGAGGACACCGAGGUGCAGAAAACACAGGAGCUCUUCAGGAGGAUACGCAGCAUCCUGAACAAGAUAACACCUCAGACGUUCCGCCAACUUAUGAAGCAGAUCACAGAACUGGCCAUCGACACAGAGGAGAGGCUCAAAGGAGUUAUUGACCUUGUCUUUGAGAAGGCCAUCAAGGAGCCCAGCUUCUCUGUGGUUUAUGCAAACAUGUGCCGUUGCCUCAUGGGGCUUAAAGUGCCACUAACAGACAAACGUGGAACUUCCGUGAACUUUCGCAAGCUGCUACUAAACCGCUGCCAAAAAGGGUUUGAAGAGAAGUAUGAGAGGAAUCAGAACAAGCUGGACUCUGCUGCAUUGUCGACGGAACAUGAGCAGCUUCCGGCGGAGCUGGAGGAGGCCAUGGACGAAGCCCAAAGGCGUUCCAUCGGCAACAUUAAGUUCAUUGGUGAACUUUUCAACUUGAAAAUGUUGACAGAGGCCAUCUUGCACGAUUGUGUGGUGAAACUGCUCAACAACAAGGACGAGGAGUCUUUGGAGUGCCUCUGUACGCUGCUCACCACCAUCGGCAAGGGCCUCGACCACGAGAAGGCCAAGCCUCGAAUAGAUCAGUAUUUCAAUCAGAUGACGAAAAUCAUUGAGGAGAGGAAGACGUCAUCUAAGAUUCGGUCAAUGUUACAAGACGUUAUAGACCUAAGAUUGCACAACUGGGUGUCCACAAGAGCCGAGCAGGGCCCAAAAACUAUCAAACAGAUCCAUGAGGAGGCAAAGAUUGCAGAGCAAGGGAAGCAGAGGAAAGUGCACCACCAGCAUCUCUCCAAGAACAGCAAAAGAAGGCCAGUGAAACCUAGACCAAUGGCAACGAACAGACCUGCCUUUUCUGAGGAGGAAAUAGAGAGGAGCUGCAAGUCCAUUGUCAAAGAGUUCCUCCACAUAAAUGAUUACAAGGAGGUUGUCCAGUGUGUGAAUGAUCUUGACUUGGGUUCCCAGUUGCACAUCUUUGUGCGCGUUGGGGUGGAGUUGACCCUGGAGCACAGUCAGAUCACACGUAACCACAUGGGUCAGCUCCUGUUCCAACUGGUGCAGCAUGGAAUCCUGCCUAAACCCCAGUUCCACAAAGGGUUUGCAGACAUGCUGAAGCAGGUGGACGACAUGGUCAUCGACAUUCCUCAUAUCUGGCUGUACCUGGCUGAGCUGCUCUGCCCUGUGCUGAAAGAAGGGGGCUUCUCUAUGAGAGAGCUAUUUAGUGAAUUAAGCAAACCGUUGCUUCCUAUGGGAAGAGCUGGGAUUUUUAUUUCUGAAGUACUGCACAUACUAUGUAAACAAACGAGCCAUAGGACUGUGGUGGGUCUGUGGAAGGAAUCUGGCCUCAACUGGACUGACUUCCUCCCAGAGGGAGAAGAUGUCCAGGCUUUCAUUUCACAACAGAAACUCCAGUUCAUUCUGUCAGAAGACUCCAAUCCUGACACAGCUCCAUCUAAAAGAAUCUUGUCUCCUGAGGAGCUGAGCCGUCAGCUGGAGAGACUCCUUCUAAAGGACAUGGCCAGCAACACGCAGAUCUUUGACUGGGUAGAGGGAAACCUAGAUGAAUCUCAGAUGAGCUCAGCUUCCUUCCAAAGGGCUUUGAUGACAGCUGUUGGUGAGGAAGCAGUGAAAGAUACCAACUGUCGAGUGGACAUGGCCAUCAUUCAGAAGAGAAAACCUGUAUUGAUCAGUUACCUUAAGUCAGACACUGAGCGACAGCUGCAAGCACUUUAUGCACUUCAGGCACUUAUGGUCGAUCUUAAUAACCCUCCAAACCUUCUCCGGAUGUUCUUUGACUGUCUAUAUGAUGAAGAUAUCAUAUUGGAGGAUACUUUCUUCAAGUGGGAGAGAAGCAAAGACCCUGCUGAGCAGCGGGGUAAGGGUAUAGCCCUCAAGUCAGUCAGCGCCUUCUUCACCUGGCUGCGGGAGGCAGAAGAGGAGUCUGAUUAAUCAAGGAGAUUCCUGGGACACAACAGAGUAGAACUGCAUCUUUACAGAAGAACAAACAUUCAAAAUGAGUGUUUGAGCAGGACAACAUUUUUUCUAAGAUAUUGUUCUAAAACAUGCCACUAUUUUGAGGUUGGAUUCCAAUUGCAGAAACACUUAAUAUAAUACAUGCAAAAUGUUUUUGUUUUAAAUGUCAAAUACUUGCCUUUUUGAUGAUAUGAAGAAGAGACUUAAAAUAUAGAUAGAUUCUGGACUGAUUUAUUAUUUUUUUAAGAACUGCAAAGAUGAAAGUUAUUUAACAUCUGCAGAAACUCACAAUGAGAAAAUAACAAUGGACAUGAAAAUGUAAUAAUUAUAAUAACAAAAUAAUAAUUAAUGGAAUACAUAGCCUCCCUGAAUUCCACACUGCCAGGUGGAAGAAAGAUAUUAUUUUGGGAUGAAAUAAUAUCUCGAGGUACAUAAGAUUUAGGGACAAACCACAUUCCUUCUGAGUGUGUCCCUCUCUUCCUUUCUCAUUUUCUUUUAUCCACAAAGAAUGUCUAAAAUAGUUAAAACUCUACUAAAUGUAUAGAUAUAUAUGUGUCCUUUCUAACCUAUGGUGUUUCUGAACUAUUUAAUUAGUUUGAUAUUCUUAGAAAUCCAAACUCUGCUUCAAAAUCUUUCAUUAUAAGUCACACAAAUUAUUUAAUUGUAUUCAUUUUUAUAUACAAGUGUAUUAUUUAGCCGUGGUUUGAUUGUGAGGAUAAUACUCUCUUAAUAUAUUUCAUAGCAGAUUAGGAAAUUAAGUUUUAAUAAUUUUAAAUUAUUAUUUUUUUGGGCUAAUAUUUAAUUUCUAUGUGUUUUCUCACUGGUUCAUGAUGUGCUGAUUACUUGGCACUGAGGAGAUAUGAGAAGGAUACUGUAUAAAUUAGUAAGUAUACAAUUUGUAAGGUUUGUAAUGUUUUUUUAUCCACAAAUAGGAAUUAGUAAAAUUAAUGUGGUCCCUCAAAAGAGCACCAAGGAUUCUUUGUUUUUCAAAACUAGACUAAACAAGAUUGUAAAAACGUUUAAAACUCUUUGUCAGGUAGCUGUGCUUCUGCUGUCUCUUACCAGCUGUGGUGGCCAUCCAUGCAUUUUGGCCAUUGUCCUUUGUACUAUGACUGAGAGCUGAAAGCCAAGCUAUGCUGUUACCAUUUGCAUAUCUAUUAUUUUUUUAAUCUCCUAUUUUAUAAUUUUGAUAAACUUUUAAAGACUUUUUCUAAGGACACUUAAGGUAAGGCCCCAUUCAUCCAUUUGUGCAGCCUGCCUACUAUGUGGCCUCAGUGAAUCAGAGUUCUCCCCAGCAUUGGAUUCACUCUCCUGAAGAGUUGCUGAACUUGAAUGCUUCACUGAAACUGCAGUGGGUUUCAUUUGGCUGUUAUUUUGGCAACCUGAGGACAACCAAAUCUGCCUUGCCUUGCUCUGGGAAGUUCGCCUCAUCAUCAGUCUUUCACCAUCCACCUAUUCAUUCAUUCUAUUUGUUUAUACUGUA